UAGCCAUAAAAGAAAACCAUAAUCUAUAUGGAUGUGACCUUUUUCCGGAUGAGCUAAAUAAACAGAGAAGGAUCUUCUUUUUGUUUCUUCUCCUCUUCUGCGCCUCUCUGGCUCGUUUUGGUCAUCGCAGGAAUGAGUUUCUUCAGCAACACCCAGUUCUUCUGUGAUCCCUUGCUUGAGCACCACCACCAUCUUCCCUUCUCUCCAUUCUCCAGCGCUUUCCUCAGAUCCCACCACCACCUCCUCCUCCCGCCAUUCCCAUUGGAGGAGCCCCUGGCCUUGUCCCUCCUCCACUAUCUCCACCCAAUUCCCCGCCUCUUGCCCGAUGCAAUCGAGUUCAGCAGAACUGACUUCUAUGCUUCCGUCAGGGGGUUCACUAUAGAGCACAAUCUCUCAUCGCCAUUACCAUCUCAUGUUUCUUCGUCCUUCCCCUGCUCUUAUGGGAUCGAGACGGAGCCGUUGCUGAGGUACUUGAAUGAUCGUGUCUCUGCCCUCGAGCUGGGACUUGAAGAGUUGCUUGCCUUCGAUCGGAGGUUGCUACUCAAGGGGCAAAAGCGAAACGUCUCCUACGGUCACAAGCUGGAGUCGGAGGGCUGGACGGGAUCCGAGAGCAAGCGCAGAUGGGAGGCGGAGAUCAGAGGGCUGGACGGCCAACGUUCGAAGAGCGCCGCCAAGUACAAGGUCGAGACGUCUUCUGGGAAGAAGGAUGAGCCGAAGAAGGAAAACCCACGAACAGUUCGCAUUGUGGAGAUUGAGGAGCCCGAGCGCAAUCCCGUCAACCAGGGGGUGGUCGGGAAGAGAAAAGACGUGACCGUUAAGGGUAGAGUAAGUAAAGGCAAGAAGAAGGAACUCUCUCCUCUAGAUGCUGCCCUUCUCCUUCAAACGAAAUUUCGAGCCCACCUAAUUCGCCGCUCACAAACUAUCCGAGGCCUUAAAGAUCUUGCGGUUGCGAAGGCCAAAUUGAACGACUUAAGGUCCCUCUUCAACAGCUUCUCUUACCGCCGUCGUCUGACCGUCGAAACUGGAGAACGCCAGAGGUUCUCCGAGAGGAUCAUCGUCCUCAUCUUGACCGUUGAAGCCAUCGUGGGUUCGGGUUCGAUGAUUAGGGAAGCGCGGAGGACCAUGAUCGUGGAGCUGGAAGCGAUGCUUGAUGCUGUCAAUCCGCAACCUCCAGGGAAGAUGUCGCCAUUCAGUAGAAAGCUUGAUCUUCCAGGGCAAUCCGGCAACGCUGAACUGAAGGAGAUGGCCCGGGGCGUAGCUGAGGUAGUCCACUUUCUCGACCAAGAAGGCAUCAAGGAAGAGUUACAGGAGGUUUCCUUGUAGAAGGAGCAUAGUUUUUCUAUUUCCCUGCUCUAGUUUAUCCCUUCGGCAGCGAUUUCUUCUUUCUGGUUUAAGGGCCUUCUUUUUAUUCCUUUCCUGCUCCAUUUUAACCCUGGUUUAGUAGCAAUUGCUUCUUUCUGCAGUUCCCAUUAUGAAGCUGAUCGGAUGAGAUCUUGGGAUGUUGGUCUAUUUUUGUGUUCUGUAUUGUGGUGCCACAGUCAACAUACAAUAUUAUAAAAUAUGUUGUCCGUGUGCUUGAAGAAAGAUUUAUGAAAAGAUAUGCUCCA